AUCAUGUGUUAAGAAAAUUCUGCCUAGAAAAUUCCAGAAGGGAUUUGAUCAGUAGAAACUCAUGUGCUUCCUUUGUGAUUCAGAUUUGUACCUAAUUUUAUCUAUAUCUCAUUUCGCAAUUACUAUCUACAUCCUGGAAUUGAGGGUGUUAAUAUUCGUUCUUCAGUUAAUACUUGAGAGUAUACCUAUAGUGUAUCUGCUCCAUUUAUAUUCACCGAUUUGGAUGUUCCGAACUGUACAAAUACUGUAUCAGGAAUUCAAGAAUUUUAUUAGCUUUCCUCCUACAAGGGGGACUGAGGGAGCUCUCAUAAAGACUUUCCUCUCAAGAUUUGAAAUUGAAGAGCAUUUUGAAAGGAGAUUUGUGUGCUGUUCUUUUCCAUUUCUCAAGGCAGGAUCCACCGCCUAUCAAAAGGUGCUUGGAAUUCAAAAUCGAUAAGGAAA